AUGUCUAUGUCUAUCGAGCCCAGUGUACCACAUAAAACGAGUCAAGAUGUCACAGUACCACAAAUCACCAGCGAGACUCUCGAAAGCACUGUGAAACAACUAUGCAUCUUUGCUUCCAGCCCUGAUAUGGAGGCCGCAUCGUUUAUAGCACAUGAGAUUGAGAGCCAGCGAGAGCAGAUCAAGACAAAACAAAAUGAGCUGUCGGAAGCCCGCAAGAAGCUUGAUGAGCAAGAAAAAAACCAGAGUAUUGCGAUGAAUCAAUGGUUCAUCGAAAUGCAAAAGGAAAAAGCCAAUUACGCAAGAGUUGAGGGCGAGGUAGUAUUACUCAAAGAAUCUGUAGCGAGAAAGGACAGCAAACUCGCAGAAUCAGCUCAGAGGAUCAAGAAUCUAGAAAAGGAAAGGAACACGGCUCAAUCGGAGAAUGUCAGUGAGAAAGCCAAAGUCAAUCAGCUUUCUCUAAACAUCACGUCCUUGCAAAAGGUACUCAAAGAAAGGGAUGGAACCAUCGACCAGCUUCGCGUUACUGAAGUGAGCAUGAAGGACACCUUGUCUUCAGAAAAGCAAAGGAAUGAGGAGCUAGAGAAAGAGUUGCAUUCCCAAAUGUCUAUCAUACAGUUGUCUCAAACACGACUUCACAAGCUGGAGGGAUACGGCUUCCCAGGCCACCAAAUGGAUGAAGAUUCCUUGAUCAAUGGGUUUUCAGGUCUUUGGGAUUAUGCUACAGAGCAAAUGUCCUAUAUAAUGAUGCAAGAUAUUGAUAUCACAAUCCUCAGUAAUAAAGCAUCAUUGGAUUGCUUCCGAAAGUCAGGCGAUGAUUCGGUUCGGCAUGUCCCUUUGCCCCGUUCAAACUCCCUCGCUGCCAAAGGAAUGCGACUUGCUUUAAUUUUGACUAUCUUGGCCAAAGGAAUCGACAAAUACAUCUUUCAACCAAACUAUCUUCUUCCUGAAAAUGCUCCACUGCGGAACAUCAUGAAUCGUCUCUCCGGGACUGAUGGUGACAAAGAAUUCUUUUGUCGAUCAAUGCUUCUUUCAAUUGAUCAACAAAGUCAGCAGGAGUCACUUCAAUCCAGAAUUCUUGCUGUGAUUGAUGAAGUAUCAAGCUACGCGCAUAAAUUGCUCUUGGACGCCCAGUAUACUGAGUUUCGGCAAAGUGUGGCAAACGUCGCGCAGAGAGCGAUUGAGGUUUGGCUACCUAUACAGCGUGCUCAGCAAAAGUUUGAGCCGGAUUUCGAUCCUCUUUCCUGGGGCGACAAUGAGUGGGUCAUGUUUAAUCUCCCCGGAGAGGACACAGAGAAGGAUACCACUGCUCAUGGCGUCGCGAGUGAUACUCUUCUGACCGUUUUCCCGCGUAUAUCUCAGGUAAAAGACCAGAGACGGCAUCCUUUGACUUUUGUUACUCAAAUUACGAGAUCUCACCCACUGUACAUCCAGGCCGAGCGGGAAUUCAAUGCUAAACCAGAUAGUCCCACCAUUGGUCGCAUGUUUUCGAACGGGACAAGACGAAAAUCUAUUGCAGUGCAUACUGAUAAUCUGAAAGAGAACGGUCUUUUCAAAAAAAAGACAAAUGGAGCCUGA